AUGUCGAAGAAGGCCAAAGGCCCAGGGGCGGUUUCUCUCGAGUCCCUGAAGGCACAGCUUGAGGGCACGGAGCUCUUGGCCAAGCGACCGGAUGGACUGGAUGCCUUCGUCUGCACCCAUCAUGGAACCUUCCAUUGUGACGAGGUGAUGGCUUGUGUGAUGCUGAAGUGUCUUGACGAGUUUCAAAGUCUGCCAAUUUUGCGAACCCGAGAUGCAGCAGAAAUCGACAAGGCGACGAUAGUGGUGGAUGUGGGUGGCACCUACGAGCCUGAGAAACAGCGCUUUGACCACCAUCAGAAGACCUUCACCGAGACCUACUCGGAGGCAUACAGUGGCAUCAAGCUCUCCAGUGCGGGAUUGGUCUUCAAACACUUUGGCGGCAAGGUUGUUGAGGCCCUUUGUGGACCACUUGAAGAAAAAGCCAAGGCAGCCAUCGUAGCAAAAACCUACGACAACCUGGUAAGGGAGCUGGAUGCCCUGGACAAUGGAGUUCAGGUGGCUGAUGAGCCGCGUUACCGCAUUGUGACGCACCUGGGAGCGCGUGUUGGGCGCUUGAAUCCCAGCUGGCAGGAGGAGAAUAGCCCAGAGGUGGAAAACCAGCGCUUCAAGGAGGCUAUGUUGGUGGCUGCCAAGGAGCUCUGCGACAUCGUUGGCGGUUAUGCGCAACACUGGCUACCGGCGCGCUCGCUGGUAGAGGAGGCAUUGCAUAAGCGGAAAGAAGUCCAUCCUUCCUGCGAGAUCAUGACCCUCGAGCAGUUCUGCCCUUGGCAAGAUCACCUCUUUGACUUGGAGGAAGAAGAGGAGGAAUAUCGAAGUCCUUUGGUGAAGUACGUUAUCUUUCAGGACAGCCGGGCCGGCUGGCGCGUUCAAGCAGCCCCCAAAACGAGAGGCAGCUUCGAACUAAGGCAGGGUCUCCCAAGCGCAUGGCGUGGCGUGCGAGACGAUGAGCUCUCGAAAUUGUCCGAGAUUCCAGGCUGCAUUUUUGUACAUGCUGCCGGGUUCAUCGGUGGCAAUGCGACGAAAGAGGGGGCAUUGGCCAUGGCGACCAAAGCGCUUGAAUGA